AUGAAAUUCCUAUUGGCAUUAACCGCUAUCAUCGCCGUGGCCUCAUCGGCUGCCGUGCGUAAUCAGGUUCAGCUGGAGGACAUAAUAGCCGCCAUCCAGAGCCCCAGCACCCACCCCGCCACCGCCGCUGCACUCGAGCAGAUGCUCGAGGACCUGAUGGGAGUCGCUGCCGGUCCCGCUAUCGUACCACCUGCCCCCAUCAAGCCCACGCCGGUCAUUAUCGACGAUGGACCCGUCGCUAUCCUCCCUACGCCGGUCAUCGUCGACGAUGGAUCCGUCGCUAUACUCCCCACGCCUGUCAUCGUUGACGAAGGAACAGCCCCUGUCGCCCCCAUCGUGCCCACUCCCGUCGUUGUGCCUGAGCAACCCGCUAGUCCCGCGAGUAACACUCCUCUUGUUCAGAUCAUCCUGAACAUCAACCAGGCCUCUGAAGCCGCCGUUGUUCCACCUUCCCCGGUCAUAGUCCCCGAACCAAUCGUAGUCAAACCUGUGAUCGUGGUGGAGAAUGAGGAGCCAAUCGUACCCACUCCCGUCAUUGUGGUCGACAAGCCCGAGAUUGCUCCUGAACCAAUCAUCAUUGCCCCCCUCCCUGAGGUGGCUCCUGAACCAAUAGUAAUCAAUCCCGUCCCGGAACCAAUCAUCGUUGCCCCCCUUCCCGUUCCCGAACCAGUCAUCAUUGCCCCCACUCCUGAGGUGGUCGUCCCUGAGCCAGUAGUAGUUGCUCCCGUUGUCCCUGAGCCAAUAGUAGUCGCUCCUGUUGUCCCUGAGCCAGUAGUAGUCGCUCCCGUUGUCCCUGAGCCAAUAGUAGUCGCUCCUGUUGUCCCUGAGCCAGUAGUAGUCGCUCCUAUUGUUCCAUCCCCGGCUGUGAACCUGCCUGAAAUCAUCAACUAA